ACAACAAAAAUGGAAAAUAUAAAAAUAAAUACGGAUUAUAAUUUUUUAAAAACCUAUAAUCGAGUCUUUAUUUAUCUCUGUAAAUAUGUGUGACUGGAUGCUGAACACAGACGGACAGUGAACAGCAUGAAGGUGAAUGAUUGGGCUUCCGGCAGCCGUUAUCAUCCUGAACCAGAGCUUUAACCCGUCCCCAUCUCACCUGUGUGUCCAACCUCUCAAUGUUUAGCGAUGCUGUAGAUAACAGGACGAUUAAUGCAUGUUUCAAGAGCUACUGAAAGACAUGAGAGUAUUCCCUGAUUCUGUGCUUCUGCUGGUGUGAUUUUGAUGUGCAGACGCCGAGCUCACUAUUAUAUGAAUGUAAUGUGAAUUAAACGGAUGAUGGGAUGAUCUGAAUGAUUUCACUCUGCUGUUUUUCAGUGUCUGACGGAGCACAUGAGAUCCAGCCGAGUCACCCAUGAGCUUUAAUCAGGAGACACGCUUCGUCCACAGAAUAUGUCACCAUGAACCUGACGCUGAGCGCCGAGGCCGGGUUAUUCCUGACUAACAGCUCCCCGGGGAUGCGGGCCAAUCCCGUCACUGCGUUCGUACCAUGUGACAUACGGACCGCCAACAAUUCGCUCCUCAUGCAGGGCUCCAAUCUGACCGGCAGUGCCACUCUCAAGUCACCAGAUCCACUCGGUGGACACACCAUCUGGCAGAUCGUGAUGAUCGUGUUCCUGUGCGGCUCGCUUUCCUUAGUCACCAUCACCGGGAACAUCCUGGUCCUGGUGUCCUUUAAAGUCAACAAGCAGCUGAAGACGGUGAAUAACUACUAUUUGCUCAGCCUGGCGUUCGCAGACCUCAUCAUCGGCGUGCUUUCGAUGAACCUCUACACUACGUAUAUAAUCAUGGACCGCUGGACGCUCGGGAACUGGGCCUGUGAUCUGUGGCUGGCCGUUGAUUACGUAGCCAGCAAUGCUUCAGUGAUGAACCUGCUGGUCAUCAGCUUCGACCGGUACUUCUCCGUCACACGUCCGCUGACGUACAGAGCCAAACGCACCACUAAGAGGGCCAUGACCAUGAUUGGACUCGCCUGGUCCAUUUCCUUCAUCCUCUGGGCACCAGCUAUCCUCUUCUGGCAGUAUUUCGUCGGGGAGCGGACGGUUCCUCCGGGCGAAUGCUACAUCCAGUUCCUCUCGGAGCCGAUCACCACUUUCUGCACAGCAAUCGCUGCUUUCUAUCUGCCUGUCACCAUCAUGACUGUCCUGUACUGGCGGAUCUACAAGGAGACGGAGAACCGCUCCAAAGAGCUGGCUGGACUCAAGGGUUCGGGGAACCAAGGGAGUCCGGAGGAAUCCAUGCAAAAAUGUGUGGUGAAUCCGGGGAGCUCACGCAGUCACAGCAGUUAUGAGCUCCACCAGAGAAGCUCAGGGAGAACCAAAGCGGGGUGUUUUUGGUUCUGGCCGCUGAGUCGGAAAGCUCGGAAGAGUCACGGCAGCGAGACGGACCGCAGUAGCAGCGAUAGCUGGAAUAAUAACGAAACUACCGUGACCGUCGACCAAUCGGAUGAUGAGGAGGAGGAGGAUGGAGAAGCUGUGUACUCGAUCUCCGAGAACCUCCACCAAGAUGCGAGACCUUUCAGAAAGGGAUUGGACUCCAAAGCAUCCAAAGAUCAACCCAAUGCCAACGACGGCAAACGCUUCGCCUGCAAGACCAAGACGCAGGUCAACAAGCGCAAGAAGGUCUCUCUGGUGAAAGAGAAGAAAGCGGCGCAGACGCUGAGCGCCAUCCUCCUGGCCUUCAUCAUCACGUGGAUGCCGUACAACAUCAUGGUCCUGAUGAACACGUUCUGCGACGAGUGCAUCCCCAAGACGCUGUGGGCUCUGGGAUACUGGCUGUGUUACGUCAACAGCACUGUUAACCCCAUGUGUUACGCACUCUGCAACAAAACCUUUCGCACCACCUUCAGAUCCAUCCUGCUGUGCCAGUGGCGUCAGACGAAGAAACCCAACAAACCUGCGCUCCAGCAGAGACGGCCGGCAGACGCUCACCAGAAACAGAGUCCUGCAGAACACUAGAGGAACCUCAUGUUUAUAUUAGCACUGGGCAACGAUUAAUCACAUCCAAAAUAAACAAAAUUGUGUAAAUGUUAUAUGUGUAUAUUUAUGCACAUACAUGCAUGUAUAUAUUUAGGAAAAAUGUGUUGUGUUUAUAUAUUA